AUGCUCUUGGGGUCACUGGAAGAAUUCUUUCAAGCUACACAGGCUGAAGUACCUUAUAGGAAGCCAAAUCUUAUUAGGAAAGAUAUAAGUAAGAGAGACACAAACAAGUUCUAUUGCUUUCAUUACGACUACGGACAUCGCAUCAAUGGGUGUAACCAACUCAAGGAUGAAAUAAAAUUUCUCAUCUGCCAAAAUCCCCAAGCCAUGAGAAUGUAUUCUUGGCGUCAUUCCAAAAAAAAUCAGGUUGAUGCACCCAAUAUGGAUGCACUAGCACAACCACUACAACCAGCCCCUGUAGCUGGUCGUUUAGACAUGAUUUGUGGAGGACCACACCUGGCCGGUGAAAGUAGAAAGGCACUAGAAAGUUAUGCUCAGACAAUUUUCCAUGAACCGGGAGAUGAGGUGUUGGUCAUCGAGGAGCGUACUCCCAAAACACCUCGAUAUGAAUGUAAGUCCAUAACUUUCACCGAGAAUGACGCCAUGCAUGUCAAAUUCUUGCACAACGACCCUUUGGUGAUAGAGGCCCAGAUUGCCAAUAUGAUUGUUGUCAGAACAAUGAUAGAUCAUGGCUCCUCCGUAAACAUCCUUUUCAAAACUACCAUUGAAAGAAUGAAAUUAUAUGUACGAGAUCUGGAGCCCUGCACACAGACCCUAUAUGACUUUACUGAAAAAGGAAUGGCUCCAGCUAGAACAAUUAAACUAGUAGUGACUGUGGGAAUUGCACCAACAAACAGUACAGUCAUGGCCAUUUUUGUGGCAGUCGACACUCCCUCAACUUUCUAUGCCUUACUAAGAAGACCGAUAUUGAUCAAACUAAGAGCCAUUACAUCAACAUUCCACUUAAUGAUGAAGUUUCUCACUAACUUCAGAAUCGGGUGUGCCAUGGGAGACCAAAGAGAGGCUCGAGAGUGCUAUGUAACUCCUCCAUCACAACUGCUAAAAAUUGCUUGGAAAUGA